AUGGCGGACCCACCCACGGGAGGGCCCGAGCCCUCCCCCACAAACACGCAAAGAGGGGCACGGCUUUUCACACGGGAAGACUUCGAACCGAUUGUGCCUCGAAAGAGAAGAAGCCCUCGCAAUGGAAAUGAAGCAACUGCCAUUGCGUACUCGAAUCCCGAGUUUGCAGGUUCCGAAGACAAUAACGGACGAGUGACGACCAAAGAGGUCCGACAGCUCAUCAAUAGCCUAAAGGAAAUUAUCACCAACCAAACCACGGUCAUCGAGUCCACCAAGGCCGAGAUCCUUGAGGUCAAACACGACCAGAAUGUCCUCCGAGAUCAGAAUGAAAAGCUUCACGAAGAAAUCAGAGCUCUGCGAGAACGAAUCGAAACCCUGACACCAGCAUCCUCAACCAGAUCGUGGGCGGCAGUAGCAGCUGGUGGCGGCAGUGGCCUCACCCAACCGAGCCACCAACCGCCCGAGAGAGAACAGAGCUGUAUCCGAAUCAGCACCCAGAGAUCGCUCGUGGACCCAAGAGACAACGACACUACUGACGGGAACACCUUCGGCCGAUACCUCCCCACCGAGGUCGCCAAUACCCACAUCCGCACCGCGCUGCAGAAUACCCCUACCACGCAAGACACCCAGGUCGCCGGCAUCGGAACUACCAAAACGGGUUAUGUAAUCCGCUUUAAAGACCCAGAGUCGGCUGAAGUGGCCCGCAACAACACUGAAUGGCUGAGCGAACUAGGGAAUAGCACAAAGCUGGUCAAGCCACGAUUCGGUGUCAUGGUACACCGUACUCCGACAGGGGACUUCGACCUGGAAAACGCGAGCACUCAAGCUAUUGCGAAAAUUAUGGAAGAAAACGACUUAGUGGAACAAGGUUUCCAAAUCGAGGAGUUGGCAUGGCUAAAACGGAAGGACAAAGUGUUAGGGAAGUUUGCAUCACUCGGUAUCUGGUUCGACUCUGCAGAGGGAGCCGAAUACAUGCUCAACAACGGGCUCGUUGUCGACCAAAGAUACAUCGGCAGCGUACAACGCCGCGAGAUCAAGAAGAAGAGGUGCUUCCGGUGUCAACGGUUCGGCCACCUUGCAUGGUCGUGCAAGGAAACACCACGGUGUGGGCAUUGUGCGGGCCAACACGAGAGACAACGAUGCCCCCCAGGGUUGAACAUGAUGAAAUCGGGACCAAGAAUGGAAGCACUCAUCAACAGGAAAUGGAUAGCGAGCUUCAUGAGUGACCGACACGCCAACAUUGGAUUUGACGACUUCCGUACCGAGACACAGUCGCUAGAGAAUGCAGGUCUAGCGCAAGGGUCGCCACUCUCCCCCAUCUUAUUUGCAUUCUUCAACGCCGACUUGGUCGACCAGCCCGUCGACUCCCACGGAGGCGCGUCAGCAUUCAUUGACGACUACUUUCGAUGGAGAGUGGGGCGCUCGGUUGAAGAAAACUUGGUCAAAAUACAGUCCGAGGAUGUCCCUCGUAUCGAAGAGUGGGCGCGACAAACUGGAUCCUGCUUCGCGGCGGAAAAAACCGAGCUCAUCCACCUCACCAGAAAGAGGGGCCAGCACACGGAAGGACGAAUCAUCUUCGAUGGAGCCGACGUCAAGCCGUCACCUACAGCCAAAUUGUUAGGGGUGGUGUUCGACCAGGGACUUCGCUGGAAGGAACAUGUCCAGCAGACCAUCAAGCGCGCCACCAAAACAACAAUCGCUCUGAGUGGACUACGACAUAUGCGCCCCGAACAAAUGCGACAGCUUUACCAAGCGUGCGUUACGCCGGUAGUGGACUAUGCAUCGACGGUCUGGCAUGACCCGCUCCGGGACAAGACUCACCUGCGACACUUGAACACUGUCCAGAGGGCGUCACUGAUCCGGAUUCUAUCGGCAUUUAGAACGGUAGCAACUAUCACGCUAGAAAUCGAAGCCUACAUACUUCCUACCCACCUCCGUCUACGCCACCGAGCGCAGCGCACUAUCGCGAGACUAUACACUCUACCUCGCGACCAUCCCAUUUGGGGUGCUCUGUCAAGAGCCCAGAAUCGAAGGAACCAAAGCCGAAGAGGCCACUUGGUCCACAGCUCCGCAGAUCAUGUCGGAUCAUACGCCCGCUUCCCAUUAGCAGAAGCGCUGAAGACCAUGGACGUCGACAGGCUCAAUGAGCUGGAAACGAUUGACCCACGCCCGCUGCCCCCGUGGCGCCCGGACGCCUUUACGGAGAUCGAACUCGAACACGACCGGGAAACAGCCAGAGAAAGAGCAGAGGUUGCGGGCAACAGAUCGGAUAUUGUCGUCUACUCGGACGCCUCCGGGCGCGAGGGUCAUCUAGGAGCCGCCAUCGUCGCACUCAACGACAAUGAUGAGGUGACGGAAUCUCAACAGGUGCAGGUGGGGUCGAUGGAACGGUGGUCAGUUCAUGUGGCGGAACUUAUAGGCAUCUUCUGCGCGAUCAGCAUGGUGUUCAAAUUGGCUCACCAACGCGCAAUCGUUGGAAACCAAAGGCAAGCAACAGCAACAAUCCUUUGCGACAGCAGAUCCGCUUUACAAGCAACCCAGAACGUGAGAAAUAGAUCAGGGCAACGAAUCAUCCAUGCAAUCCUCCAAGCAGCCACCGAGGUUCAAGCAAGGCAUGUGGCCCUCCGCCUCCAGUGGAUGCCGGGACAUUGUGGAAACGUUGGGAACGAGGCAGCGGAUCGACUCGCCAAAGAAGCCGCGCAACCGGGCAAAACCCAUCCUUUCCGGCCGCUGCUGACGAGAGAGAACGCCUUCCUCCGCGGCAAGAUCCAUGCUCAGUGGGAGCAGGAGUGGAAUUCAAGCACCAAAGGCGCGCACCUACGGAAGGUGGACGGCGCGCUACCAGCGAGGCACACCAGAAAACUAUACGGGAACCUGCCCAGGAACCGAGCAUAUUUGCUCACUCAGCUGCGCACGGGCCACAACUGGUUAUCUACCUACGCCAAGAGACUCGGCUUCCGCAACGAUGAUCGAUGCGAGUGCGGCGCGCAGGAGACGGUCAGCCACGUGUUGCUGGAAUGUCCAAAUCUACGAGACUUGCGGACAGAAUUAAGAAGAAAUGUCGGGGACGCGAUGUACAGCGUGUCGAGUCUGCUGGGAGGCUCAAACGAAGGUGAGAGAGGUGAGCCAGACACCGUCUCAAGGGCGAAGACGGUUCAGGCCGUAUUGGACUUCGCCGAGGCGUCACAGCGGUUUCGCAGUCGUGCGCCACAAGGGCAGCCUAACAACGGGAGCGGCAAUGGGCCAGGGUAG